UUAAAGUUGCCGAGGUUGGAAACCAGUGGUGAAAUCCAAAUGUUUUUACUACCGGUUCUGUGGGUGUGGCUUGGUGGGCGUGGCAGGGGAAGGAUACUGCAAAAUCUCCACUCCCGCCCUACUCCAGGGGAAGGAUACUGCAAAAUCCCCAUUUCCUCCCCACUCCUGGGGGGGAAGGAUGCGAAAUCCCCAUUCCCACCCCACUCCAGGGGAAGGAUACUGCAAAAUCCCCAUUCCCUCCCUACUCCUGGAGUGAGGAUAUUGCAAAAUUUCUAUUGUCACCCCACUCCAGGGGAAGGAUCCUGCAAAAUCCCCAUUCCCUCCCUACUCCUGGAGUGAGGAUAUUGCAAAAUUUCUAUUGUCACCCCACUCCAGGGGAAGGAUACUGCAAAAUCCCCAUUCCCUCCCUACUCCUGGAGUUGAGGAUAUUGCAAAAUUUCUAUUGUCACCCCACUCCAGGGGAAGGAUCCUGCAAAAUCCCCAUUCCCUCCCUACUCCUGGAGUGAGGAUAUUGCAAAAUUUCCAUUCCCUCCCCACUCCAGGGGAAGAAUACUGCAAAAUCCCCAUUCCCUCUUCACCUCAGGGGAAGGAUAUUGCAAAAUUUCCAUUCCCACCCUACUCCAGGGGAAGGAUACUGCAAAAUCCCCAUUCUCUUCCCACUCCUGGGGGAAGGAUACUGUAAAAUCCCCAUGCCCACCCCACUCUGGGGCCAGCCAGAGGUGGUAUAUGCCAGUUCUCCAACCUACUCAAAAUUUCCACUACCGGUUCUCCAAACUGCUCAAAAUUUCCACUACCAGUUCUCCAGAACCUGUCAGAACAUGCUGGAUUUCACCCCUGUUGGAGACCCCUGUUUUAUUGCAUAAUAAGCUUUCCAACAAUUUUGUGGCAGGUAAUUUCUAGAAGCCACCUCCACUCCGCACUCAGGAAUGGCAGGUUCCCUCCGACAGUGUUAUUUAUAUAUAUUCAUUCUGGUCCUUAAUCCAACACAGAAAUGACAUGCCUCCUAUUUUCCCUCGCAAGAGCUAAAUAGUAUUUGAACUUGUGUUUUUGUGAAAUGACUUCUUUUCUUUUUUUUUAGUAACUAGUAUGUCCCAAAGAUGUUUUUUUUUUCAAGAGGCAACUGGACUUCCCUGUUUUUCUUUUUCUUUGAAGACAUUUUGAAGCUUCUUGGAUGAGAAGUGAAACAUCUUCAGAAUCUUCUUGGAUGAGAACCGAAAUUGUCUUCAAAGAAGCUUCUUGGAUGAGAACCGAAACAUCUUUUUUAAAAAAGGAAAACCAGAAAGCCCAGUUGCCUCUUGAAAAAGCACCUUUGGGACAACUAUGACUUGGAUGAUUGAGAAUCUCAAUAGACAUUUAGCUAUGCACUUUGGGAUGAACUAGUAUGAAUCUCUUCUCUAAGUCAAGGUCUAUCUGUAGUGGUUACGGUGCUGGCCUAGAAACCAGGAGACUGCAAGUUCUAGAUCUCCUUUAGUCAUGGAAACUGCUGGAUGACUUUCAGCCAGUUCCUCUCUCUGAACCCAACUAAACUCACAGGAUUGUUGUUGUGGGAAAAUAGGAGGCAGAGGCAUGUUCACACCUUGAGUUAUGUAUAAUAAAACAGAAAAAGAUGAUGAUAAAGUAUUGUUGCUAAUAAUAUUGUAUGUUAUUAGUGUUACUAUAGUCAGGUGUGACUGUCAUUUCAUUGUAUCAGGGUUCUGUUUGGAUCCACACCUUCCCCUGUUGAAUUCAUUUACUAAUUUGAAUUACCAGAAUACCAUUCCCAUCUUUGCAAUAAGUUCAUUCAGUGCUGGCAAGCAUGUCAUUUGGUCCUAUAAAUUAAUGUUAUAAGUGCAUGGUAAUUUGUAUAGGUUUAAUUAUUUACUGGUCCCCUUUUUGAACCUAUUUUUUUUUGUUUAGAGAAUCUUCACAAUGACUACAGUGGUAGAGCGGAAGUUUGUUAAUUUAAGGAAACGAUUGGAUCAGUUGGGAUAUCGACAACCACUGGGAGUAGAAAGUUUGCCUCUGGUGGAAAAACUUUUCAGUGACCUUGUUCAUACAACUGAGAGCCUCCGGAGCACGAAGUUAUCUGCUGGAAAAAUUGAAAAAGAAUGCAGUAACUUUGAUGUUGUUCUGGAACCUUAUCGAGAAGAAAAUGCUAGGCUCACACGUGAAAAUAAUGAAUUGCACUUAGAAGUUCUGAAAUUGAAAGAGCAAUUGGAAGAACAGGUCAAAGAUUUGAAAGCUACUUUGAGGAAAUUUGAACAUGAGAAUUCAGAUAUGAAAUUUUUGAAUAAUCAGUAUAUACAUAAAAUGAGGUCAUUAGAAAAAGAAAACAAAGCCAAGACUGACAAAAUUCAACAGCUUCAAGAGAAAAAUCUACAAGCUGUGGUACAGACACCAGGUGGUAAGAAACGAAAUAUUCCAUUUCGACGUCAGCGUAUGCAAAUAGAUCAGCCAGUUCCUCCUUCAGGGAUUGGCACCUAUCCAGUUCCUCAACCAAAUGACCCAUAUAUUGCAGAUCUUCUUCAAGUGGCUGACAACAGAAUUCAUGAGCUUCAGAUUGAAGUAGACGACUUGCAGGAAAAAUUAGAGAUAGCCGAACGUGAAAUGAAAAAUUACAGCAAACAGGUUGAGCUCCGAGACAAUGAGAUUGAACGUUUAGCAGUCGCACUAGAUGGCGGUCGUUCUCAUGAUGUAAUAUCUCUGGAAGCCAAAAGCAAAAGUAAUGAAAAAAUUAUUGAUCACUUGAAUUUGCAGGUUGAAUUUCUACAGCAAACAAACAAAGAGCUUGAAAAGCGCAUAGAAGAUCUUUUGGAUAGCAGGCAAAAUAUGACCAGUGAGGUGGCUCAUUUAAGUAACAAAAAUGAAGAACUGUGUCAAGAAUUGACUGAAAUUGAUCACUUGGCCCAACAGUUGGAGAGGCAUAAAGAAAUUGUGCUUGAAACUGCAGAUAAAGAAAUUGGAGAGGCUAAGGAAGAAAUUAAAAAAAAACGCAGUGAAAUACAAGAUCGCGAGGAGAGCAUAGCACGACUGAAGUUAGAGUUAUCUUCCUAUCGCAGAGAAAAAGAAAAACUGAGUGAAGAACUCUUUGGAAAAUCAGAGGAAAAACAAAAUCUUGAGAUACUGUUAAACCAAACUCAAGCAGAAAACCAUAGAUUGUCCAAAAAAGUUGAAAACCUUGAAAUUAUAAAUCGUGAACUUGUCAUAGAGCUAGAGAGAAUGAGGCUGGAGGGUGGCAUAGCCCUUGGAGACAAGUCACCUUCUCGCCUAGAUGCAUUUGUAAAGACCAUAGAGGAAGACAGGGACUAUUAUAAGCGAGAACUAGAGUGUCUCCAAAAGAUAUUUAAAAGAAGAUCUAGCCCAUUACGCAAAUCUCCAGAAAAGAGUGAAGACCUUAGGUUAGUUACACGAGAGAGAGAUGAGCUACAGUCUAUGCUAGACAGAUUUGAAAAGCAUAUGAUAGAUAUUCAGUCUAAUGUCAAACUAUUAACUGUAGAAAAAGACAAAUUAAGUGUCCUUUAUGAACAGUCUCAGAAUGAAUUAAACCUACUACGGAGAGAGAAAAAAACUUGUUUUCUUACAAAAAAUCAUGCAGAAGAAGAAAGAAAUAACGCGUUGGCUGAUUUCAGAAGAGCAGCAUCUGAAAAAGAAGGACUGAGGGGAAAAUUAAAGAUCCUGCAGGAGGAAUAUACUUUAGAUAAAUUAAAAUUGGAACAGGAAGUAUCAAGAUUGGAAAGCACUGUUAAAAGAUUGGAAACAGAACGUCUUGAUCAAGUAUCUACAGUGUCAUUGUUAAAAGACAAAAUAAGCUCUUUGGAAGAUGAAGUAAACAUGAAGACUCAUCAGCUCUUAAACACAUCUGAAGAUUCUGCACAGUUUAAGUCAGAAUUGAGCUCACUCAAACUAUUAAAUGAACAGAUUCAGAAAUCCCUAGAUGAGAUACAGCAUCAACUAACUCUUAAAGAAAAUGAACUUCAAUCAGCUCAAGAGGAAAUUGAGAUAUUAGAGGACAAAAUAGAGACACUCCAAACUAAGAGCGUGUCACAAAAUGAGUCUGUUAUGCUGCUCAGAAGUACCGUUAAUGCCUUGGAUAAGGAAAAAGACAGCCUUCAGGAAAGUAUAGAUGAAAAAACUGAAAAAAUCGCAUAUCUAGAAGACAAUUUAGCUAACAAGGAAAAAACUAUCUUCAACUUACAAAAAACAGUUGCUCAGUUGGAAUUGUCUUUAGACCAAUUAAAGGAUGCCUUAAAUGGGAAAGACCGUGAACUUGCCAGUCUCCACCGCCAGUUUGAUGCGAUACACUCAGAGCUUGGAGAAACAGUCAGAGUGAAAGAAAUGGCUCUGAAGGAAAACAGAAGAUUACAGGAUGAUCUAGCCACAAUGACUAGAGAAAACCAGGUAAUCUCAACUGAACUGGAAGUAACUUUACGUGAAAAGGAAGAACUGAAAGUUAGAGUUCAUAAUUAUAUUACUGAAGUCUCCAGAUUUGAAAGUUUAAUGGCGUUAAAGGAAAGAGAAAAUAAAGAAUUACUGGAGAAGUUCCAGAUGCUUCACAGCCAAGCUGAAGACUGGGAAGUAAAGGCCCAUCAAGCUGAGGGACAAAACAGCUCUGUACGAUUAGAGCUCCUUUCAGUUGAUACUGAACGAAGACAUCUUAAAGAAAGAGUAGAAUUAUUGGAAAAAGAAAUUCAAGAGCACAUCAUUGCGCAUCAAACGUAUGAGUCGCAAAUUUCUUCAAUGGCAAAAAAUAUGGCCAAGCUGGAAGAAAUUCUCAGACAUGAAAGAGAAGAAAAAUCUUCAAUAAACCAAGAUGUGUCUGCUGUGAGAGAUUUAUGUGUCAAACUGGAAUCUAGCAAAGAUCUGCUCUCACGUCAAUUAACAUCCAAAUCUCUGGAAUUUGAGAGGAUUAUGUCCGAAUAUGAAGAUACAAAGUCAGAAACAGAGCUGUUAAAAAAGCAACUGUCAAGUGAGCGACUUACAAUACAAAACUUGGAAACCCUCCUGUCUACCAGCAGAGACAAAGAUUUUCAGAACCAUUUGAUAACCCAUGAAAAAGAUUCAGAGAUACAAUUGCUCAAAGACAAGUUAACGCUCUCGGAGAGUAAAUUAACAAGCCUUAAUAGAGAAGUUUCUAUACUUCGAAAUAAGCUUGCACAGCUGCAGACUGAUUAUGAUAUUGUGAAAAGACAGCUGACAACAGAGCAAUUUGAACGGGAACGGGCCAUUCAAGAGAUGCGAAGGCUUGGACUCACUACCUCUUCUCUCCCCACCUCUUCACCGCUUAGCUCAACUUUGAGAUCCCCAUCACAUUCUCCAGAAAGGGCAUUUUCAGGAACAACAGAACGAACAGAAAAUUCUGAAAUAAAGUUUGAGGAAUUGACCCAUCUGAGUUCCAGCUUUUAAAGACAAAAUGAGGCAGUUUAAAAUACAAAACUUAUUAGGUAAGAAUGAAUUUUAUUGCAAGGAAACUAAUGUUGUAGUUUUUGCCACAAUAUAGUAACAAGUUGUCAGAUACAGUACAGUACAUUCCUUAAUUGAUAGAGCUUUGUACCAUCUUGAUAUUAUCAACAAUCUGCACAAAGCACUAAAACAUUUAACAUCCAGAGCUAUUUUGGACAUAACUUGACUAUGUAUGUGGAUAUUUUAUUAAAAGGCAAUUUUAAUUACUGAACAAAAUCCAUGAAUUAAAGUAGCAGGAACAUUCUUGGGCCAUAUGUGUACAUGGAAUUUUGGAUUGGGGUGUAUAUGCCAUAAUAAUAGCUGUCAUUUUAUAGCAUUAAUUUUGGAUUGUGUUGUUACUAAUGUACUUGACAUCACUAAGAAGACGAUACUAAUGAUAUUAUGAUUAAAUAAAGUAAUUUCAGUUUUCAAGGAA